AUGGCGGCGUACAUAGUUGUACCGGUGAUCCUGUUCACGAUGCUUGCCGUUUGGCUGUUAGUGUACAUGUACGACAAACGGUUUAAAAACCCGCUAAGUUCCACGCAAUCCACGCAACCUGCAACUACUUGUACGAACGUAAGGCAAGAGGGUAUAGUGUAUACAAUAUCAAACACCCCCGCCGAUGGUGCCACGAACUCCAACGGUGCUACCUAUCCGUCAUCAGGCGGAAAUAUACGCAUUGAGACUGACCCACGGGCUCCACCGCCACAGUACGGUUACACCAAUCAGAACCUGAUCGUUGUGACGACAAUCCCUAGGGAUCUUCCACCGUCCUAUGACCAGGCAACUCGAACUUCGCUCUCGUGA